AUAAAUAAUUGCAGAUAUUAUCAUGAAUCAAUUCAAGAUCAGCCAAUAAUCCAGACGAGUACUUUGAAACAAAUGUUGCGAUCUAAAACAUCAAAUAAUGACAAUUUAACUCCAGAUGCUCUAACAUCUCAAAAUAUAAGUAAAUAUAAAUAAAUGUUUAAAGCUUGAUGAUGAAAUUGGAAGAAAUAUCAUAGAUUUACGAAUACAACAUAUGACAAAUGAAUCGAAUAUUGCAAGUUCAAGAGUUUAUCGAGAGACAUAUCUGCGAGACACAGCCAGUGAAGGAGAUCGAUGCGGAUAUAUUUGUUAUAUUUGAAGGAUAUUUCAAAUAUUCUCAAAUUCUACCAACAUUAAAAUAGACGAUCAAUUUAUCAAACCUAUAAAUAAUAGAAUUUAAUUUCAAACAAAUUAUCCAGUAGUUCACAUAGUUAAUAUGUAUCUUAAUUGUUUCCAAUAGUAAUAGAAACGCAACUCUAGAAUGUAGUGUUUUACGUUUUUCAUUCAUUUAUAUAUAAUUAAAGAUUGCAUUAUGGAACGAUUCAGAAUCAGCGAACGGUAAUGACAAGUGCUCCUCAGCAGAUAUUGCAAACUCAUAAUGCAACAAAUGUUGAAGUUUGUCCUAUGGACUAUUUAGCAUAUUCCGGUACAAAUAGGUAUUCAAAAUCUGAUGAAGAAACUCGAAGAACUGCCAAGAUAACGAUGCAAUUCUCGGUUAAUCGGAGGAAUAACACAUGUUCUUAUCAGGAGGAUUCGCAUUUGCCAGUCAUAAAAAGUGAAAUAAAUCAAUGGUUAUAUUAUAAAGCAAUAAAAGAACUUGGAAACAUUCAUGACUGACGUCUUCAAUAUAGAUGAUAACACAUCA